AUGCAAAGUCGCGGGUGGGCUUCGCGGUCCUCGGUGGCUUCUCUUUUUCUCGUCCUUCUUCCAAUCUUCCUUUUGAGCAUAUACACUACAGUGCUUCAUGGACAGGGCCGUGUAGCAAGACGUGCCUAUGAGCCACCGUCGUUCGAACACUUGCAUCACAAUGUGUCUCAGCUCCUCCGUCGCGCGGACCUUGACCCUUACUCCUGCACUGAAGAUAUUCCCUGCCAGAAUGGAGCCUGCUGUGGUUCGUUCUUCGGAGGUGAUGUCGGAACAUGCGGCUAUGGAGCCACCUACUGCGGUUCCGACUGCGUGUCCAACUGCGAUGCUUCCGCCGAGUGCGGGCAGACUGCAAAUCCCCCCGGCAAGACGUGUCCAUUGAACGUUUGCUGCUCGGAGUACGGAUUCUGCGGCACAACCGAUGAAUUCUGCAGCCCUGCCAGUGGCUGUCAGAGUAACUGCGGUCACCCAUCCGUCCCGGCGGGCAAGUCGUCCAAGUCCGUUGAGCAUCGCGUUAUUGGCUACUACGAGGCAUGGAUGGCCCGGAGCUCUUGCCAUCGCUUCCCUCCCGCCGCGAUUCCCGUCGACGGUCUAACGCAUGUCAACUUUGCGUUUGCGUACAUCGAUCCGGACACAUUCGAGGUGACCACAAUGGACGACGCGACGCCGGCGGAGCUUUUCACGCAAACCGCUGACGUGAGGUCGCUGAAAUCCGGCAAUGGCGACCUGGAGGUUUUCAUUUCCCUGGGUGGUUGGACGUUCUCGGACAACAACACUGCUACCCAGCCGGUCUUCAGCGACAUCGCUUCCAAUGAGGCCAACCGUCAAAGGUUUGCCGAUAACCUGCUCGAUUUCAUGCGUCAUUAUGGCUUUGACGGCGUCGAUAUUGACUGGGAGUACCCUGGCGCGGGUGACCGCGGCGGCAAGAAGGAGGACACGGAAAACUAUGUUAAACUGCUGAAAACACUCCGGGCGACAUUCGACAGUUCCGAGAGGGGCUCUUACGGAUUAACGUUCACCAUCCCUUCCUCGUAUUGGUAUCUCCGUUGGUUCGAUGUUCCCGGAAUGCUGCAGUACGCCGACUGGGUGAAUCUCAUGAGCUACGAUCUGCACGGUGUUUGGGAUGAAGACAACCCGAUUGGAAAUGUUCUGCUUGCACACACCAAUCUGACCGAAAUCAAACAGUCUGCUGAGCUUCUGUGGCGAAAUAACGUCCCGCCUGGGAAGGUCGUGCUCGGCCUUGGGUUCUACGGUCGCUCAUUCCAGGUAGAAGACACCAGCUGCACCAAACCUGGCUGCCCCUUCGCCGGAGCCGCAAACAAGGGCUCCUGCACCGACAAUGCCGGGACGCUGGCGUACUUUGAGAUCCAGGACAUCAUCAAGGAGGACAAACCGGAUAUUGUUCACGACAAGGAUGCCGCUGUCAACUACAUUGUCUUCCAGGAAGAUCAAUGGGUUAGCUUCGACGAUAAGAAAACCUUCCAACAGAAGAUGGACUGGGCCAAUGAGGUCGGACUGGGCGGUGUCAUGAUCUGGUCGGUGGACCAGGACGAUGAUGACUUCUCGGCUCUUGAAGGCCUCCUGGGGAGAAGCAUAGGAAGUUACAAGACCCUUGUGGCAAAGUCCACCGUCACUGAUGCAGGCCAUUGGGCUUCCAUCAACGGGCAGAAAUGUGUUAUGACGGAUUGUGAGAUGUUUCCAAAAUGUCCAGCCGGCUAUGAGCUAGCCCCCUUCCCGGGCACGAAGUCUUUCAAGGACACCUGCAGUGGCGACAAGACCAAAGUGAUCUGCUGCCCGGUGGAUGCAAUGCCAGAGUCCUGUGUCUGGCGUGGCGGCGAGUCAGGACGCUCCUGUCAUGGUCAAUGCCAUGCCGGCGAGAUGACUUUGUUCCAUUCUCGCCAUGCGACAACCAACUGUUAUCGUCCUGGGUUCCAGGCAGCGUGCUGCAAGGCAACUGCCUACACGCAACUCAUUGACUCUUGUGUCAACGGGAAUCCAUACCGAAAGAUCCACGAGUGGGAUGUCCUGUGUCCGACCGGCUACACCCAGAUCGCCCACAAGUAUAAACCGGACCUUUAUUUCUGGGGCAAAGGUCUCAACAUUCCCAUAUGUUGCCCGAGCGAGAGUGCCUUUGAAAACUGCCACUGGGUUGGCAAGGGCACAUGCGAUGACAAUGAGUGUGACGAUAAUGACGUCGAGUUUAUGCUUGAUCCCUUUGGAGAGGGCCAUACCCGGUGCGCCCUUGGCCAAAACGGCCGAAAGAAAGUAUUGUGCUGCAACGCUCCGAAGAACAUCAGCCCCUAUCUCCCUGUCGACCUGGACAAGAUCUUUCCUACGCUGCCCCCGAAGCAGGACUAUCCGGACUUUGACUUGCAAAACCUAGGUGCUGACUCUGACCCGGUUGUCAACGAGCCCAACCAGCAGACCUUUGGGUUGGUAGUCAUUGACGGACCCCCCGGCACGGUCUCAAAUCUGCAGCGGAGAGACAGCGGUGGUAUAGAAGUGCUGGAUUGUGACGCCAUCACAGAGUCUGGAAUCAGCACUGUCCGAGUUGUGUGUAUGAGCGAAAGCUCUGCAGAAUGCGAGAUUGGUGAUGGUGUGGUCAACGGUACCAUUCUCCGUAUGCCUGAGGGUUGUGGUCCAGGCACAUAUGCCGUAGCGCAUAGCAUGCGCGAGGCACAGAACCAGGCUUUGCCGCCCCAUAUCAAGCGAUCGCUCGCUGUGCCGCCUAUUGUCCAUGACCUAAAUGUGAGCUAUGACUUCUCCCGUGUCAAAAGGGAUGCGGGUGACAUCUAUAUCCGGAUUGACUACUCGAACACAUUAGACUUCUGGAAUGAAAUCGUGAAAGCGGAUCCGGUCAAGAAGCGUGAUCUCAAUGCCCGCUUCUGGAGUACCAGCGAGGAUGCCUGGAAGAACAAGCUUGACGAGCUGCGCAGGGAUGAGCACCCAGGCCAGUUUACCCUGAGCCGUGAGGAUUUCCGCAACACAUUAGUCGCAGCCAAAGGUCCGGAUUCGUGCAGUGAGGAGAGCUUCCUCGAUGUCAAGCUCGGCGGCACCAUCUCCGAGGAACUCAAGUUCGGCUUCUCCUUUGUGGGCACAAUUGCGCCAACAUUCAACAUUGAAGAAGCGCAUGGUUAUUUUGACUCUCGCAUCAUGUAUAAUGGCUUUGCAGAGGUGAACGCGCGCGGUGCUAUCAACAUCGACGGGGGUAUGCACAACAAGCCCCUUUGGGACAGCCCUAUCUCUGCCUACGGCUUCAGUCACCCGGGCAUCUGCUCUCUGCGGCCGGAGCUCAAUAUCGAGGCGCGGCUAUCUGGUACAGGUUAUGCCAUGGACGGAGACUUUACUGCAAGGUUCGUCGCGGGUAACGACUUGCGCGAGUCCAGCCGUUUGAACCAACCGUCUGCUCUAGGAGCCGCUUCUGGCGGAGUCACAAACUCAGUGCCCGGUAGUACAUUCUCAGGGAAGCUCAGUACCUCAAAGGCAGAUGCACGGACCGGGGCCAAGGACAAGCGGGAUGCAAGCACUCAUGGUACCGUCUUAGCCAUAGCCCUUGCCGCCAGGGCAGCUAUGAAUAUCGAGUUUUAUGGCUUCCAAUCAACCCUCCACGUUGUUCCAAGUUCUGUUGUCUUUAGCAACGAGUUUGCCGGCUAUCAGGUAGACCUGACGGGUGAUCUGCCCGGCUGGGAAGCCAUUGAACUUACUCAGAUUGGCGAUGAUGGGGAGAUCAAUGUGCUGCACCCUGGAGGUGGCGAUGCCCCACCGGCAAACCGAGAAGUCCCCAGUCUUAAUGGACUGCCGCUCUUCGACGAGAGCGGCAUGGUUAGUUGCGGAGUCAAGCCAUUCGAGGAGAGUUGCUUGGACCCUCAGGGUCUCGUUGUGGUCGAUCCCACCCUUCUCCUGGACCCCGACACCGGAGACCCCUACUCCGAUGAAUAUGGCAGCAUGUAUGCGACGCUCAAGCGGUCCCUUGAGGAGCGCGCCAUUGGUGCGGCAAGAACAUUCAACCCCCGUGACGGAAACGGUGGCAGAUUCUCCAUGAGAUCGCUCACUUACUAUAACGGUGAGAACGGAGAGGCUUUGCUGAGAGCCAACCCCGACGCUGGACGAUACGCAGGAGCCGACUUGUACAACUGCAACGACCUGUCAAUCACAGAUGACUCCACGGAUCCGACCCUUUUCUUCGUGACGGAGCACGGGGUGGAGCUCCAGUAUUUCCCGCGAGUGCUAGAGUUCCUCAUCACCGGCAGGGUGACUGAUCCCGAUGGCACUGUGUACGUGGCCAGCUGGGCGGAUACAAACCCUACUCCAAGCACCUUUUUUGACGAAAACAGCCUCUUCCAGCAAGACUACAGUACUUGGGACCCUGGCAGCGGGCUCACUGGAAGUCCAAUGGACCGUAUCUGGGAGGCCUUCGGGUCCACCAACCACCCGGAACGCAACGUCAACACAGAGGCAACUCUGAAUUCAUACAAGGAGCGCGUCUGGGCAGGCAAGGCUCUGAUGACAGACGCUAAAUGGGAGGAGCAUGGCUACAACACCUGGAAUCGGGCCGAUAGUGUUGCUCGCGCCGCCGAAGCCCUCUCCGUUAUCAACCAAGCGUUCAUCACCUUCAACUACCUCAACUCUGGCAUCCAGCCCAUUGUGGCCGAGACCUUUAACAUCAUCGCCGACGAAUUGACUCUAUACUCGGAGCGCAUCAAUACUCUCUUCCCAGGGACAGACCUCCCUGACCUUGGGAACCGCCAGAACGAGUAUCUCCACAAUGUUCUUAUCGCUCGCAUGGAGCGCGUUGAGCAAUGGGCCGAGCUUCGGCUUCAGACCAUGGUCUUGGUUUGGACAGACGCUUUGCAAAACGGUCACCCCGAGGCCCAGAGUAUUUUGGAUUCCAUUAAUGACAACCUGGCUGCUCUUGGCCGGGAGAGCAGUUUUGUCGUCAACACCACAAACUUUCCGAUCUGGAGGCCGGAGGCAGGCGACGGUCUUGAUGAUGACGAUAUGGUCACUGACGAUUGA